AUUUCAGUCAACGUUGGAAUUGGUGAUAGUGGAAGGUGAAUUUUUAAACGUAAAUGGUUCACAAAUCUCCAUUGCAUAUAGUUCAACGAUGAUGCAAUUCGAACUUGAUAAUUUGUCAAAUGAAACCAGUCAGAAUAAUUCUACUUGCAUAUUUAUCGGAUUAGUUCUUGGAUUAAUAAUAAUAUUUAUUAAAAAUCUACAUACUAAAUCCACAAUGAACACUAUCGUCAUAGUGAUAACGAUGAUCUUUAUUAUUGUCGGUGUUGUAUUACUAAUGUCAGUUGGAAAAUGGUACGAACAAAUUAUUUCUGUAUCUAUAGCUACCGCGCUCUUCAUCAUUGCCGUUUUGCUGGAUAUAAAGCUACAAGGUUCAAAAAUGAAAUGGAUGAUAAUCUUGUUCACAUUGUGUUGUGUAUUUGCUGUAACUGGGUUGAUUUUCUUUGUUUUCGGGGUGAUAUAUAAAAUUAAAGGUUUACUAGGUGCAACCUUGGUUUGUUGGUGCGGUGAAAUGUUCAUUGUGGUUACCUGCACAAAAUAUUAUCUGGACAGCUAUCGCAAAUCACGACAGUUUUCCACACUGUACUGUGUUUUCCUAUUGAUGUAUGAAUACAUCGUACUUGUCAUCAGUUUAAUAUUCUCUUUGAAUUCAGUCAUUGAUUGUAAUUGGAAUAACAAGACAAUGAUUAGACACGAUGAACAGAUCCUGUUCCAUUGAAUGUUUUAAUCAGUUCACAGAUAUUCAGGUGGAAUAUUUUGAAGAUUAUUGUAAACUGCUUUGUUAUUCAUAAUAGACGUUCUAUUAAAUAGA